UCUUUGCAACGUAUACUAUAACCUCAAUUUAAUUUUUAUUUUUUAGCAAAGUGGUGUUACUGCGAUUCAGAGAAUGGACAAUGAUAUGCUAUAUAUUUAUAGUGCCGCGUGUAUUUCGGUGUUACUUAUAUUACUGAAUAGAAACAAAACUACACGUAGGAGAUGCAAUCGUAAAUUAUGGAGUAGAGCUUGGUUAGAAAGAAGAAAUCGAGAUCAAGGUGUUUUAAGUUUACUUAAUCGAGAAUUGAAAUUUGAGGACCCCCAUUUCUACAGAAAUUUUUUGCGUUUACAAGAUACACAAUUUGAUGAAAUUCUUAAGUUGAUAACGAAACUAAUCUCCAAAUCGAAUACGUUUAUGAGAGACAGUAUCCCCGCACAAAGCAAAUUAGAGGUAACUUUAAGAUUCUUAGCGACAGGGGAAACAUUCCGAUCACUAAUGUAUGGUUGUCGUAUACACGAAUCAACAAUUUCACGCUUCGUACCUGCAGUAUGUAAUGCGAUCAUUACAGUUUUAACUGAAAAGUAUAUUAAUAUGCCAAGAAUCGUAGAAGAUUGGGAGAAGAUUGCCGCAGAAUUUGAUGAGUUGUGGCAAUUUCCGCACUGCCUGGGAGCCUUAGAUGGGAGACACAUACAAUUUAGAGCACCGAUUUCUCAAGGAAGUUAUUUUUAUAAUUAUAAGGGAAAUAAUAGCAUUGUACUGUUAGCACUAGUAGAUGCUAAUUACAUAUUUCGAUAUGUAAACAUUGGAGUGAAUGGUAGAAUUAGUGAUGGGGGAGUAUUUAAUCAAAGUUCGUUGGGAAUUGCAUUAAAAGACUGUCCAGAAACUUUAAAUAUUCCUCAACCGACUUAUUUACCAGGUCAAGAUGUAUUAACACCUUAUGUGAUUAUCGCAGAUGAUGCAUUUCCUAGUUUGACUAAUCUCAUAAAACCCUAUUCUCAUAAAAAAUUAUCUUUUGAAGAUCGUGUUUAUAACUACCGGGUUUCUCGGGCACGGAGAAUGGUUGAAAGCUCAUUCGGUAUAUUGGCCAAUAGAUUUAGAGUUUUAUUGCAACCCAUCAAUUUAAAUGCGGAAAAAGUUGAAAUAAUUACACUAACCUGUGUAUUGUUGCACAAUUAUCUAGCAACAAACAAUAAAAAGUAUUAUCUUAACUUAGAAGAUUCCGAUAAAGAUACAUUACAAAAUAUUGAACGACAAACAGGUAACAGAUCGUCCACACAAGCACGUGAAGUUCGUGAUAACUUUAGACACUUUUUUAACUCGAACGUAGGGAGUGUACCAUGGCAAAAUGAAUGUGUUAUGAAAGGUAAUUAUUGAAAUCCAUUGUAAUUUAUUUUGUAUUAAAACAAUUUACAGGAAAAAAUAAAAAACCAAGUUUUACUUAUGGCUACACCUUCUUAUUCCGUCAUAUAAACAUCUAGUGAUUGUUUCUUCAACUUCUAAACGAAUGUCAUCAUUAGAUAUUUGUUUCAAUUUUGU